AUGCUCUACCAUUUGCUCAUCGACAAGCUUUACGAGAGAAAUGUCGAAUCCGACGGUGGAUCAGCUCUUGUAUGGUAUGCAAGUCACGGGAACGAAGUCGGAGUUCGGAACAUGCUGACCGCGGGCGCGGAUGUGAACGUUCUAUCACCAAAUCAGGCGCAAUCGACAGCACUUUUGGAAGCUGUAAUUCAAAAGCAUACCAAUAUUGUGCACUUACUUCUUAAAAAUGGAGCUUGGCCAGAUGCGGUCGGUCUCUGCUCCGGAAGACCCUUGACUUUGGCGUCUAUUAGCCGUAGCAACAUGGCCAUCAUCAAGUUACUCUUAGAUUACGGGGCCAAAGUCGACCCCGUUGCGCCUGGCAAACGUGCUCCACUGCUGGAGGCUAUGCCGGUGUCUAUAUCGAUUCUCAAGAUGGCAGGGGGGAGAACCCCGCUUCAAGUAGCUGCUGAUCAUUCAUGCACGCGGGCUGUGAGUGUGCUACUACAUUAUGGUGCCAAUCCGAAUUUCAAAAACAUGAACCAAUUUUACAAAGGUUGGACAGCUCUUUUCUACGCCGCGAAACGCGGGAACUCGAGCGGCGACAAUAAAACUAUCAUUCGAACCCUCAUCAAUCACGGAGCCAAGGUAGACGGGACGAAUGAGGUGCAAGAUACACCCUUACUCCAUGCUGUCUCUCAAGAAGCCAUCAUACAAGCACAGGUACUUCUUGACAGUGGUGCCAACAUUAUGGCAAGAAACUCAAAGGGAGAAAGCGUGCUUCAUUUGGCUGCCUGGUAUCCUGAUAUGAUGAGCUGGCUUAUCGAAAGUGGGGCUGAUGUGAAUUGGGCCGGCGGAGAACAAAAAGAAACUCCAAUUUUCUACGCUAUCAGACAAUCUCAAAAUGAGGGAAAUGUCCGAAAACUUCUAUCAUUCGGUGCUGAUGUUCACUUCCAAAAUACCCAUGGGAUGACGCCCCUCUCGGUUGCUGCACAAAUGAGCUCCAUCGAACUGACAGUCAUGCUCCUCGAAAGUGGGGCUUUUGUCAAUUCGAAAGACAUGAAAGGAAAGACAGCUCUGCAUCAUAUUGCCGAAUCGGGCUACGGAUCUCGGGCCCACGAAGUCAUUGCAGUGCUGAUUCAACAUGGAGCCGAUGUUAACGCUCAGGAUUACUCCGGAUAUACACCUUUGCAUAGUGUUGUUGCCCAACAAGGGACCUUGGAGGCUGCUGCAGAGUUGUUAAAUGCUGGAGCUGACCGGCAUGUCUUAUCCAGCGACGGAAAGUUUCCGCAUGACAUGGUCCCUGUCGGCCCUUGGGCAGAAACACAACGCUUUUUCCUCAAUUAUUACCAAAUGCAACUGGUAUAA